AUGGCUGUGUGUACGCCUCCUGGCUCCAGUGGCACUGCAACUACUGCUGCCACUGCGUCGAUUCACCGUGAGGACAGCGCAUCUUCAUCGGUGGACGUCGCGCAGCCUUGCGAGACGCAGGCUUCUCACAAAGACAAAGCAGCCGGUCGAAGUGGUUCGGAGACCAACGUCCGGGUCGUGGCUCGUUUCCGACCCCCCGUCACGGACGAAGAGUUCAACGACCAGCCGGUCUUCUUGCUGCGUCCAGGUGAUAACUCCAAUGCCAUUGACACCGGAGUGGCAGAAAACGCAACAGUGGAGUCUCAGGAUGGGCGAUGGACGUUUGAAUUCGACACGGCAUUCAGCGAGGAGGCAAGUCAGCAAGUGGUUUAUGACCGCAUUGGUCGUCCGGCCGUGCAGGACGUUUUGGCAGGCUACAAUGGGACGAUUCUGACGUAUGGUCAGACAGGAAGUGGGAAGACAUUUACCCUUUUUGGGCCAAGUUUCACCGAGCAGGAGCUGCGUGGGCUUGCGCCGCGAGCCGCCGAGCAGCUGGUGCAGGAAUGCCUGGAGAGACCAAGCGAGUUGGAGCAGAUCUCCAUCUGCUGCACCUUCCUGGAGAUUUAUCGUGAGCGGAUGCGAGACUUACUCCAUCCCUCGAAUCAGAGUCUGCGCAUCAAGGAGAUACCCCAGAGGGGCUUGAUCGUAGACGGCUUGACACAGGACGAGAUCAAAAGCACCAAGGAUGUUUUCAAAGCGCUGAAUGCUGGCAAUGCUUGGCGAUCCGUUGCUGCGACGCGACGGAAUCUGUACUCUUCACGGUCGCAUGCCAUCUUCACACUGUACGUGUCCCGCCGAUCUGCCUCGGGAAGCAAUGUGCGGGAGCGCUCGGGCAAGCUGUCCCUCGUGGACUUGGCCGGCUCGGAGCGCGUUUGCCGGAGCCACUGUGUCGGAGAGACCCUCGAGGAGGCCAAGAAGAUCAACUCUUCGCUGACCGCGCUCGGGAAGGUCAUCGACGCUUUGGUGGAGCGGCGGGGGCAUGUCCCGUACCGUGACUCCACGUUGACGCGGGUGCUGGAAGAGGCGCUGGGUGGCAACUCCCGCACCACUCUCAUGGUUGCUGCGUCGGCCUGUGCGCAGUACCUGGACGAGACUAUUUGUUCACUUCGCUUCGCUUCCAGAGCGCAGAAGGUGAGCAACUUUGCCCAAGUGAACUUCGUUUACACCGCAGAAGAGCUCCUGCCGUUGGUGAGUCAGUUGCAACGCGAGCUUGCGGCUGCCCGUCGUGAGCUGGCUGCCCAGGAGUGGUUCGACCGCCUAUGCCGCUGCAUCCUUUUAUCCUGGGGUCGGAAGAAUUACUAA